CUAACGUUCCUUGUCGACAAUGACGUCCUAUCGGAGCUUGCAAUGUGACCCUUUCACUAUCACCUCGCCAGCUCGCGAGACCAUUCGCUGCCAGGGCAAGAUGAGGGGAAUGAGAUUUCCGCGAGGAUUGCUCGACACCACCCUAUCGGCAGCGCCAGAGAAACACGCGACGUGCACGCUAGAAGCAACGCUCGGGGCCAAUAGUGCGCCGUUAGUUAUCCAGCUGGCGCGAGCCCAGAUGGUUUAUAAAGUUUGGUCCCUUGCGCGCUUUUCAGCUCGCUCCUCGGAUCGUGCCAGCUGCUAUUUCUCGAGCAUUCUCAAGGUCUACAUCACAUCGUCCCUGUCGUCAACAUGCGCAUCUCCACAGUCUCGGCUCUUGCCGCAUUCGCUGCCAUCGCAUCAGCUCAGGACCUGUCCUCCUUGCCAACCUGUGGUACCGCCUGCGUCGGUAACGGCCUUGCUGGCACUGGCUGCAAUCAGAUUGACAUUGCUUGUAUCUGCAAGUCAUCGUCUUGGAUCAACAGCCUGUCAUGCUGCGUUUCGCAAAAGUGCGACGCUGCCGACCAAGCCAGCAUCAUUAAAUUUGCCCAGCAGAUCUGCUCUCCGGUUGGCGUAACUACCCUUCCAACACAGGCUGGCUGCACUGGCACAAACGCAGCAUCGACCACUGGUUCUGCAACGGCCAGCGCGAGCAGUGCCGGCUCUGUAACCUCCUCGGCAGCUAGCGUGGUUUCAUCCGUCUCGGCUUCUGUCAGCUCAGCUGCGAGCCAGGCUUCCGCUGCUACCUCUGCGACCACAACCGCCUCCGCCGCUUCGACUGGUGCUGCUGUCGCACCAGUCCCAACCGCUUUCGGCCUUGCUGGCGUUGCUGCCGCCGCUGGUCUGUUCGCCGCUGCGUUGUAAACGGGCAAAAUGAUUGAAACAAUGGAACGCUGGACAUUGAGGAGCCAAAUGUAGUCCGGGACGGUUGCAUAAAGGUGUCGUAGUUUGCCAUCGCAUGCGUUGCCUGGAUAGAUGGGGCGGGCAUCCUUACGCUUGCUUGCUCAAUUCAGAAUGUAACGACUCUGUCUCUCUGCAUGGAUCUGAACUUGUGCAUGCGUGCAAUGACCUUUAAACUUAAUUAUAAUAAUACGAUGCAAAUCUACCUAAUUCGCCUACAAGUUAUGAA